AUUUGUGAUGGCGAGCUCUCUGUGGAAGGAAGGCAGCUGAAGAAGUCUUCCGGUCUCUCACCUGCCAGUGGUAAAGAUGGCAGACUCCGUGGUGGAAGUUGUGGAGAAGCUGCAGUCAAGACUCUCGCCCAGUGCUGAACCUAAGAAGCUGCUGAAGACAUUGAAGAGAUUAGCUGAGUUGCCAAUUACAGUUGAUAUCUUGGUGGACACUAGGAUCGGGAAGUCUGUAAAUGGACUGCGGAAGCAUGAGCUAGUUGGAGAUCUUGCAAAGAACUUGGUUGCCCAAUGGAAAAAACUAGUGCCACAGGAGAUUCCAAGGACUGCAGAACCUGAAGAAGGUGAACCCAGUAAAAGCAGCUCUAGGAAGAGGCCACGAUCUCCAUCCCCUGUAGAAGAUGAUGAAUAUGAGGAGGAAAGUGAUGAAAGGUAUAUCUCUCACAGUGGAUCAGGAAAAGAAGAUGUUUGGCAACAGUAUUCAGACCAUGAAGAUUUUGACGAUGUUACAAGAUAUUCCCCCGAACUCACUUACAGUCCUCCAAGUAUGUCCAGAGACAAAACCUCACAUAAGGAACAUCUACAGCACAAAUUUUCUCACAAAGAUAAACACAGAUCCGAGGUGAAGAAUCUUAGCCCAGAAAAAAAGAAGGAGAAAUUAUCUUCAAGGGAACCACCAAGAGACUUUCCAUCACAUGCAGGAAGUAGCCGGGAGAAGUUGCCAUCUCCAGAGAGCAAAGAUCGUACUCCUAAAAAGGAAAAGAAUAGGCACAGUGUUUCAAAGAGUCAAACAGAUGAUGUUUUACAUGCUAAAGUACCGAAACAUCAGGAGAAAUCAAAACCUGAUAAAUGCAAAAUAAGUUCGGAGCAUGUUGAGAAAGUAAAAGUCUCUGAAAAAAAUCUGACCAAGGACAAAUCAGAUAAAACCAAGAGCAAAAGCCAACCAAAUGACUCAGAAGCACAUGAUAAGAAAUCCAUUAAGCUCUCUCUCCCACCUGCAGAACCUGAGCCUGAAGAUGUAUUUGAACAACCAACAAUGUCUUUUGAGUCCUAUCUCAGCUAUGACCAACCCCAGAAAGCUAAGAAGAAGAAACCAACUGUAAAGGCGACGACACCAGAAAAGAGCACCAAGAAACACAGCGAGAGUAAAGCAGAACAUAAAGAGAAAAGCAAAUCAAAAAAGCAACCGCUUGAAAAAAAGGAAAAGAGGGAGCCCAAGGUGCAGAUAGACCAAGUCCCUGUUCUACCCGAUAUACCGUUGCCAACUAUCCAGCCAAAUUAUCGACCUCUUCCUUCCAUUGAAGCGGUACCCUACUUGCCUAAUAAGAGGAAAGCUCCAUUGUUGUCUCAAGAGGAAGAUGAAGGUAACGGAUUUACUGGACGUAGGUUAAACUCCAAGAUGCUGGUGUAUUCUGGAUCUAAAUCCGCUUACUUGCCAAAGAUGAUGUCCCUCUACCAGCAGUGUAUCCGAGUCCUGGCUAACAACAUAGACUCAAUCUAUGAGGUAGGAGGUGUUCCUUUUUCGAUGCUAGAACCAGUUUUGGAGAAGUGCACCCCAGAGCAAUUGUACCGGAUAGAGGAUUGCAAUCAUGUACUGAUUGAGGACACAGACCAACUAUGGAAAAAUCACUGUCAAAGAGAUUUCAAAAAAGAGACUCCAGAUGAGUAUGAGACAUGGAGAGAGUUGUAUCUUCGCCUCCACGAAGCCCGGGAAAACAGGCUGGUCAUGCUUACUCAGAAUAUCCGCUCUUCACAUGCAAACAAACCCAAAGUCCGACAAGCGAAGAUGGCAUUUGUGAAUACAGAAGUGAAGCCACCACGUGAUGUACGUAGAAGGCAAGAAAAGUUUGGGACGGGAGCAGCAGUUGUCAGUGAAAAAACAAGGAUUAAACCCUUCAUGCCAAUCAGUAGUAGUAGUACUAGAAGUGUGUCACCGGAAGAACCCCGCUCCUGUGACAGACCGAGCACCAGCAGUACAGCGUCCACACCAAGCAGUGUAGUCCAGCCUGGACAUGAUCCACGGAAGCCACAAGUCAAAAAAGUUGCUCCAAUGAUGGCCAAAACAAUAAAAGCUUUCAAGAACCGGUUUUCUCGACGAUAAAAUCAGGAAGAAAAUGAACUUUUUUGAACGGGAAGGGGUUAUUGCACUGGAAAGCCUUCAUAAAAUGGCAGAAUGGACCCAUCAGUUCCUAAAGCAGUGUUGCCCUUCACCUUACCGUUUCCUUUUGCCCAACAUGCUGAUAUACUCAUGUGUUUUAAUAUGUCUCCUUCAUCUCUCAAUCCUAUGGCUCUGCAGGAUUCUAAUUAUUGUGUUGACUUUUGUCCCCGGGAGCCUUAGAAUCACUGUGUCUCUCAUGUCACAGGUAUGGAUCUGGACUGUGCUAGACUAGAAAGCCACAACACCAUGCUGGGGAUGUAUCAGUGUGCCACACUAACGUGAUUUCAGAAGCUAGCAGCGUUCUCAUUCAAAAAGCAGAUUUUUACUGAUUUAAAAUGUACAAAUAGAAAACUACUAUUUUUGUGCAAUUUUCUGUAAAAGAAUUAGGUACAACAUUACAUUUUUGGCAAGGUUGGAAGAAACCAAGAGAGGAAAUGUACAGUUCCUUGGAUGCUCUCAUGUACUUAGCAGUCCUGUCAUGGAUUUGAUGUUUUACUGUUGCAGUGUCAUGUAAUAUUUGUUGUGAAUUAUUUUGCAGAAUUGUUUUGUGACAUAAAAUUGGUCUCCCAACCCCCAUACACACGCUUCUUCAUAUCUGGGAUUUCUGCUUAGACUUUAUAUUUUAGUGUGUGUUUGAAUUUGUAAUUUAGACUCUUGAAAUUCUUGUAGGGUCACAGUUUAUGUCAUUUACUUAGUUUGCCGACUCAAAGAGAAUUUUAAUUUCCAUUACUGUAAAAGCAUACUCUUACCCUGCAUGAAAUUUUCAUACAUUUCACUUUCCAGACAGUUAUGUAUUUUUCCAUUCUAAUACUACAUACUGUAUCCUAGACACUUAAAGGCAACCUGUCACGUUGAAAAUGGUGUCUGAUGUGUAGGUAGCAUGUUACAGAGCAAAAGGAGCUAAGCAGAUUGAUUUAUAGUUUUAUGGGAAAAGGUUACUCUGACGACGUGUCCAAUUUUCCGUUUGCAAAACAUGACUAUUCUGAUUUGCAAAAACAGAUCAAAAUAGGAUGUGCAGUGGGUUUCUUGGACCAAGUCAAGAAGGUGGUCCUAUCAGUGAUUGACUGCCUUACCUCUAUGACUGUGUAUACACAAAUAGCUGUCAAUCACUGAUAGGACCGCCUUCUUCACUCCAGAAUGAGCAUGGAGUUAAAUUAAAUAUAUGGUGUACUGAAUCUUUCCCCACAAAACGAACAUAUUUUCCGUUUGAUAAGACGCACUUUUUUCUCCAAAAAGAAGGGGGGAAAUGGCAGUGUGUCUUGUAAAGCAAAUACUAGUGAGUGUUUCCAUUAUGGAAGCGCUCACUAGUAUCUAGGAGUCUUGAGGAGCAGUGGGUGUAGCGCUGUACUCAUCGCUCCCAGGUCUUCCUCCAGGCUCCGCACUGCACUGUUCUAACUGCUUACUGCGUCAGGACGUAGUACAUGCAGUAUGAUCUCAUGUUGUACACAGUCAGGUCACAGUGCAGCUCGGGCCUGGAGAAGACCAGUAAGCGAUGAGUGCAGGAGAGACCUCCAGAUCUGCAGAGUGGUAGCAGGAGAGGUAAGUUAAUUUAUUUAAUCUCUGAUGGGGGUCUGACACAUGGGGGUCUGAUCUGAGGUUUGACAUGGGAGUCUGAUUUGAUAUGGGGAUCUGAUCCGAGGUCUGAAAUGGGGGUC